AUGAUACCGUUCAAAACUCGGAUCAAACAGCCAUUUGAAGAAGGACAAACCAUUCAUGCAGUUGGUAUGAUAAAGGCUGAUCCUAAAAGGAUUACUAUCGAUUUCCAUAAAGGAGCUGAUAAAAAUGCUGACUUACCGUUGCAUCUAAGCAUCCGUUUUGAUGAAGGAAAAAUUGUUUACAACUCAUUUGUGGAUGGAAAUUGGUUAGAUAAUGAAAAAAGAUUGCAAAAUCCGUUCCAAGCAAACUCAGAAAUGGAUAUUCGAAUUCGCCUUGUUAAUAAUCAGUACCAGGCAUUAUUUUCUGCAUUCAUUCAUAUGCACUUCAUAUUCGCAAACCGUUUAGAAUGGGGCUUGCUUAGUCGAAAUGUACCAGUAGAUGGGGUAAGUCAUGUAUCAAUCAGUGGCGAUCUGGCCACACUUCAACUAUUCCAUUACGGUGGAAAAAUAUUUACAAAACCAUAUACAGCUAUUGCCAAAUUGGUUCCGAAUAUGCGACUAGAUAUUUCACUACUUCCUACUGGUGAACGAUUUGAUAUAAACAUUUACCGAGCUAAUCGACAAUAUGCACUACAAGUGUCAGUACGAUUUAAUGAAGGUAUGGUGGUACGAAAUGCUAUGGAAAAUAAUAUUUGGGGCCGAGAAGAACGGGAAGGAGGAAUGCCAAUAGAGAAAGGAUAUAUUUUUCAAAUUUUCUUCAAUGGAAAUCACUUUUCAUCAUUUGCGCAUCGUAGUUCCCCUGAGGAUAUUGCAACGUUGGAAAUUGACGGUGACUACGAGCUAUUUUCUGUAACUCUCAACAAUGCUGUUGAAGUAUGA